AUGCGAGCUAAAAAAAAGAAAACCGAUAAAGAUACUAACCAACUCACAAAUACUGAACGCAAAAAACGUGGCGCGAACAAAAGUUGUAAAGAGCGUUUAAUUUAUAAAUACAAAGAAUUUCUUAAAUAUAUGGAACGAGAGAAAUUACGACGUAAAAAAUGGUGUGUCGAGUUUAUUGAAGAGCAAAUAACUACAGUUGCAACUUGGAUGAAAGAAGCUGAAGCAUUAGACGCAGAUGUGAUAUCUGAACAAAGUAAGUCUUUAGAGACGAGACUUAAUGUAUAUACCGAUCGAUAUAUGUAUAAAGAUAAAAUUGCAAGGUUAGAAAAAGAAGAUCGAGAAUUGCAAGUAAUCGUUAGAGAUAAUAAACAGACGAUUUCUAAUUUACAAAAACAAACAGGCGAGUUGCAACAAGUAUCCGAGUUGGAAAAUCAAGCUACUAUUUUAAAAAUAGAAGUCGAGAAUAAAAGUAACCGAAUUGAAGCGUUAGAAGAUAAUUUGUCACGAAUGGGACUUAAUAGCUCUGAAGAUAAACAAUUUUUUUUGUUAAAACAUUCUAAUAAACAUAUGAAUGCUGAAAGAGACGACUUAGAAAUGCAGUACGAGGGUUUAGUAAGCGAACUUAUUAGAAUUAAGGGAAAUGAAAGUGUUGAUCUAGUGAAUGAAAUAAUUGAUUUAAAAAAGAAAAACCAAAUUUACCACCAAAGAUUUCUUGAGAUUCGGGAUGAGUAUAAAAACUUACAGAGAGAAAAUAGGGAUAGUUCGAAUAUAGAGACCCUUUAUGGUUCGAAUGUGGAGACCAUUGAUGAUGAGACCAUACUCAUUGACUGA